AUGCUGCCUCAGGUGAGUUCAGUCUUCGCAUCGUUCGACCAGGACGGCGACGGCAAGGUCUCCGCCACCGAGCUGCGGCUCUGCGCGAAGGCGGCGCUAGGCGAGAACAUGUCCGACGACGCGGACGAAGUCCAGGCGCUCAUGGCGUCGGCGGACACCGACGGCGACGGGCUGCUGGACGAAGAGGAGUUCGCGAGGCUGGUGAGAGAAAUGGAGGUGGAUGAUGAGGAAGACGACGGCGACGACAAGUGCAGGUGCCUGAGGGAGGCGUUCGGGAUGUACGAGAUGGAAGGGAGAGGGUGCAUCACGCCGUUGAGCCUGAAGCUGAUGCUGAGCAAGCUGGGCAUGCGCCUGGACAUUGCGGAGUGUCAGUCCAUGAUGUGCAGGUUCGACAUGAACGGUGAUGGGGUUCUUACCUUCGACGAGUUCAAGACCAUGAUGAUGGCCCGAUGCUCCGAUGAGACAUAG